AUGUUGUUGGUCACACUUUAUUAUUUGAUAUUGAGACCAUUGACCAAUUAUUUAUUCCGAGUGAAUGACAAGGAGAUUUUUCAACGCGUCAAGAAGAAAUAUUUAGAAAAGGAACAUUUUAAAAACAAUUCACAAGAAUCAUUUUCCGAAAAUUCUUCAAACAGUGACACUCUUGACAUUGCCAAUAACUUUACAAACAACGUUAGAACUCAUUUAAAAAUGUCAUCCUCACCAGAAGAAGGACAAGAACAAAUGGAUCGAUUGAAAUUUGAUCGAAAAUUUGUGGACAUGAGUUAUCGAGUAUUUCGAAAAGAAGAUGAAAGAAAUGUGUGGAGAAAGAUUUUUGAAAUUUUUCAUUAUUUGGUUUCCUUGAUGGUCUUGUUGGUUUAUAUUCCAUAUGUUAAUUAUGAGGGAUAUUGGACUUAUAUGUGUUUUUGGAGUUAUGUGGUCAUGACAUUCUUCAUUGUGUGUACAACCAUCAAGAGAAUGCGAUGGUUGAGAAGAUUUUGUCUCUUUUAUGUUCUGUGUCCAGCUAUUGGUUUUAUGCUCAUUUCAAAUUUUUCUUAUUUGUAUUACAAUUUGGCAUCGUGGAGUUUUGGUUUUAUCUUUGUUCACUUUGUUCCUCCAUUCUUCAUUUGGAUUUUUGUGCUUUUAAACAUUAGAGAAUUCGUUGACGAAAAUUACAACUUUUGCACUUCGAAUUCUAUUCUCUAUAUUGUGUAUAAUUUAGGAAUGCAAUUAGUAUUCGCCACUAUUUGGAGAAUAAUUUUUGAUCCAGUUCAAGUGUAUAGUCGAAUGGUCGUGGAUGUAUUCAAAUACGCAUGCCUCAUUCCUGCCAUUGUACAUUUUGUCACUUUCUUUGUGAUUGCCUAUUUGAGAAAGAGAUGGAUUGAAAAGUACGCGGAUCGAGUCGUAUUGGCCUUACUCACCAGUGAAUCUAAAAAACGAAAUUAA